AUGACAUCCUCUUCCUCUUCCUCACCACCUCUGAAACGGCCCAGACCACCACCACACUCCCCUUCCCCUUCCAACCCCGGAUCACAUCUCCAUACGAACAAAAGAAUCAAGCUGCAUGACUCAACCUCCAAGCUCGAAUCGAUCCUCUCAUCCCUUUAUGACUUUACCAGCAUAUCUCACCAUCAAGUCAACAGUGCCCAGCGACAACUCGAUUCCCUAUGUGCAUACCAGACAUCCUUGGAAAGGGCGAACCAGUCACUCAGAUCGUCACUCAAGGAAGAACGUAGCUCUCAUCAAGUGACGAAAAAGGAUUGGGAGAUGGCUCAAUCGUCAAUACGACGAUUGAGGAAGGAAAACGAUAUACUGCUGAGAAAAUAUAGCAAGGUGGAUGAUGAGCUGGCUAAAGAGAAGGAGAAGUACGAGAGGGCUAGGGAGAAAUUGGAGAAGGAGUUCAAGGACCACUUGACAACAGCUAAAGAGUUGUCCAGAGUGAAAGAGGAAAUCACUUUGCUCAAAACUAUACAACGACCUGAGGUAUCCAAUCUGACGGAUGAGUUGGAACGUACUGAGAAGGAAUCUACGAAUAUGGAGAAGGAGAACGAAUAUCUUAUCAGGAAGAAUAUGGAUCUAGAAGUUAACCUUGAGAAUUAUGAGAAAGAUAGAUCCAUUGUUAUUCUAGAGCUUUUAGACGAUUUGAGGGAUGUUUGUGCAGAUAAAGAAGACUUGGAUAUGAUUCGAAAGUGA